ACAGGGCCAGGCCUAUGGGAGCCUUGUUUGCUUUUCAGGUCAAAAAAGUUUCCCGGUGGGUUGAGCUUGGUAUCCCAUUCAUCUCCUGGUCGAUCCGUUUCUUAUAGAUUUGGGUUUUGUUGACUUUGGCUUGGAAAGGAAGUGAGCUGACCCCUCUCUCUCCCAAAGGGAGGAUAUUUGGGAAGUAUAUUUGAUUUGUUGCCCCUCCGCUUGUGAUCAAAGUAUGUCGAGAAUGCCAUUCGUGUUUAGGAGAGGAAAUCUGACCCCGGCAGCUUUGGCCACUUGAGAGAAGAGCGAGUGGAGAGAGAGGGGUUUCGUGAAAGAGACGGCGACCUGGGGCCUCCUCCUCCCUCCCUCCCUCCCUCCCUCCCGCCCGGCUUUGCUUACAGCGCUUGCUUGGGAGCGAAUAGACACACACGGCUUCGGCGUUUCCUCCACGGGACUCUCUCCUACGGCGAGCUGAUGGACAGACCCCGCCGGAUCCGCUUCCUGCCGCUUCUUCUGCCUUUGCUGGCUCUGCUGCAUCUCCACGCCGGGCAAGAAACGUCUAUAGAGAGCUGCUGCACACAUGGAUAUGAAUGGGCAAGUCAAAAAAGAGACUGUAGCUCUCUGCCACUAAACCCUGAUUCCAAAGAAUGCAGCAUAGCCCAGGAGCAGUGCUGUCUCAAUCAACUGGAAGAGUUACACUGUACAGCUGGAAUAGAUAUUGCCAGUAAGCAAGAAGACUGUGAUUCACAUAACAGUAACAUUACCUGUGAAGACAAAAUAACUAAGAAAUGCUGUUACUGCUGCUUUAUGGGGAAAGUGGCCCAGAAGCAAAGGAACAGCUGUGAGCAGAGUCUACUGAUGGGAUACCAGUGUGGCUUGGUCUUCAGGGCUUGCUGUGUUGAGGGGCAAGAAAGUGCUGACACCUUAAUUGUUGAUGGCACUAACAAAGAAUUAGAUUUGGCAUCACCAGUGGAGGUUGACCAUGAGGAUCAUUAUCUUAAUGAUCGUUGUAGAGGAGGUGGCCCUUGCACUCAGCAAUGUAGGGAUACUGGCACCAGUGUUCUUUGUUCUUGCUUUAUGGGGUACCAACUUCAGCCAGAUGGUUUCACUUGUGAAGACAUAAAUGAGUGUAUCACUACAAGCAACACUUGUGCCAUUGGACAAAUUUGUAUCAAUACUCCAGGAUCAUUCCGCUGUCAGCGUGAAACCAGUUGUGGAACUGGUUAUGAAUUAACUGAAAACAAUCUCUGCAAAGAUAUUGACGAGUGUGAGACUGGUACUCAUAACUGCCUCCCCGAUUUUAUCUGUCAGAAUACUCCAGGAUCCUUCCGUUGCCGACCCAAGCAACAAUGCAAGAGUGGUUUUAUACAAGAUGCACUAGGCAACUGUAUUGAUAUUAACGAAUGCCUGACUGCUAAUGCUCCUUGUCCUGUUGGGCAGACAUGCAUCAAUACGGAUGGCUCCUAUGCUUGCCACAGGAAUGUGCCAAACUGUGGACGAGGCUACCAUCUUAAUGAAGAAGGGACAAGAUGUGUAGAUGUAGACGAAUGUUUGGCACCCAAUCUGCCUUGUGGAGAAGGUCACAUUUGUACCAAUACUCCAGGAAGUUAUCGUUGUGAGUGCCGCACUGGCUACUAUUUUGAUGGAAUCACCAGAACUUGUGCUGAUGUUAAUGAAUGCCGACGAUACCCUGGCCGUCUAUGUGCGCACAAGUGUGAAAACACAGCUGGUUCUUAUUACUGCAGCUGUACAAUGGGUUUCAAACUUUCAUCUGAUGGAAGGACAUGUGAAGACAUUAAUGAAUGCGAAAGCAAUCCCUGUAGCCAGGAGUGUGCUAAUGUGUAUGGGUCCUACCAGUGCUAUUGUCGUCGGGGCUACCAGCUUAGUGACAUUGAUGGGAUCACAUGUGAAGAUAUUGAUGAAUGUGCUUUACCUACUGGAGGACAUAUCUGUGCCUAUCGAUGCAUUAAUGUUCCAGGGAGCUUUCAAUGUACUUGCCCUUCUUCUGGUUAUAAGUUGGCACCCAAUGCACGAAACUGUCAAGAUAUCGAUGAGUGUGUGGCAGAAACACAUACCUGUUCAUACAAUGAGACGUGCUUCAAUAUUCAAGGUGGUUUUCGCUGUCUGUCUUUGGAAUGCCCAGAAAAUUAUAGGAAAUCUGGAGAAACAGUGAGGCAGGAGAAGACAGAUACUGUUCGCUGCAUUAAGUCUUGCCGGCCGAACGAUGUCAACUGUGUGUUAGAUCCAGUUCACACCAUUUCUCACACAGUCAUCUCACUGCCUACAUUCCGAGAAUUCACAAGGCCUGAAGAGAUUAUUUUCCUCCGUGCCAUCACGCCAGCUUAUCCAGCCAAUCAGGCAGACAUCAUAUUUGAUAUAACAGAAGGAAAUUUACGUGAUUCCUUUGAUAUCAUCAAGCGCUAUAUGGAUGGCAUGACUGUUGGUGUUGUUCGUCAAGUGAAGCCCAUCAUUGGCCCUUUCUAUGCAACCUUGAAACUAGAGAUGAACUAUGUUGUUGGAGGGGUUGUCUCUCACCGUAAUAUUGUCAACGUGCACAUCUUUGUUUCUGAAUAUUGGUUCUGAUUGGCCCUACUGUUUUGAUGGUAGCAGAAGAUCUCCAAAGAGAGAUUCCACCACACACUCCUAGAAUGAUAUAUACCUUUUUGGGAUAGGGUGGGAUGGGCAAGUAAAAUGGAAUAUCUUUCAUUUCAAAAAACAUAUCUGGUUCAUUGUUUAAUUAAAGGAGUAAUAGCAAACUAUUUAAAAUAGAUGUAGGAUUGAACAAUAUCCUAUAGUUCACUUGCGUCGUACUCUCUAUAUAAAACAAAUUGUGUGUCUGACUGCCCCUCAUCUCCUGCCUUGCUCAUUGUUUUUUACUGAUCCAUGAAACAGAAUGUUACAUGCAAGAUUUUGCAGUAUCAGAACCUUGCCGGCUACCGUCAUUGUCUCAGAAUAGCUAGUCUGCCUAUGAAUUCAAGAUUUUCCAUAAUGAAAACAAUAAAUCCUCAAGGGACACAAUCCAAGUGAUAUUUACAAGCAUAUAACCCUCUGCCUUAUAUUGAUACUCAAUAUAUUCUCAGUGCACUUUCAAAACCCUUCAUCCCCUCUCUUUCCCCAUCUCUUUGUAUUAGAGUUUAAUUAAAAGGGCACCAAGGUCAGGAGAACAUCAGUUAACAUGAUAAUAGAAGACUGACUAUAAUGGCUCAAAUCCUACAGGUAGGCACAACGGCCAUAGAUCCAUUGAGUCAAUGGGAUUUAUCUAAGCACUGAGCUCCUAUUCAAUGACUGUUUCAACUGGGCUAUUCUAGAUAGGAUUACUAACAGGAUUUAGGCCGGUGUGUCCAAGAUAUUGGGGCACUAAAUGACCCUGACAUAGGGAGGUUCAUCCAAGGAUUCAGUUCACUGACCUGAAUCCAGAGCUGAAUGGCUGUUUCCAAUGGAGCUUUAAGCUUACCUCAAGCAGCAUCCUCUCAUGUUGUGUGGCAAACUAGUUUUAAAACAGUAGGAAGGGAUAUGGUAUAGGAGUCUGUUGUUCAAAUGGAAUAAGUAGAAAACUGCUUAAGGCAUUUUGAAGGCUUUGACCAUACUUCCUUAAAGUCCUAAAACCCGAGGUUUUAGAAUUAAAGGGGCAGCCAUGCAUGGGUUUGAAAUAUUAUCCAUAAGUUCCAUCAGAAUUAAAAACUCAGGGUAUUUUUGGCAUGGUUGGUGUAAUGCUGAGUGUAUUUACAGGUAAAAAGUGCAGCUGGCUGUAUAAUGUACCAAGAGGUUUCCAAAAACCAUUUCCACACAGUCAUAACAUACUCCUUUCUGUGGGCAUUUUGAAUUGGCUUGUUAUAUUAACCUUGUCAGAUACUCAGAGAGUUGGUGUCAAUAGAAAUAAGAAUUCACCAGCUGGACAUUUUAGAGAAACCGUAGGUGGUACGUUGGUAAUGCCCAGAGUGUGGAUACAUCUUUUUCUUUCACUACAUGUUUUGUAGGUUUAUAAAAACUUAUACAACCUAUAAGCAGAACUUGUGGUGGAAUUCAUAUGUGUACCACAGGAAAUUAUAUAUUUAUCACAACACCUUGAAGUACUUUCCAGCUCUAGCCUUGAGUUGACCAAGGAUAAAGAAGAGAAAUCUGUUUGUCGGACUGAGUUAAGAAACCUCAUUAACAUUGUCAUAUUCUAUUUUUACGCUUAGUACAUUGUAUUGUAAAAUGGUGGUACUGAAUUAAACUGUGUAUAAGACUACACUGCAAACUCUCAUGUCUUUCUGCUCCCAAAUAAACCUGGGAUUUGAAGUUCAGCAAGGUGUUCAGAGAACUCCCUUUUACAGAACUGCAGUUAGGAGUGUUCUGUGAGUAAAAGCACCAGAACAAUUGUGCUCAAGGCUUUGUAUAGCAAACAAAGAUGUAAGCCAAUCAUGUAAUAAAGCCACCUUUUAUCUGUUGUAUGUAUUUACAGUUUGUCAUGAUAAUGUAUCCUACAAAUAUGAAAAUAAACUUCCAUUUUUAAUUUC